AUGCAAAUUAGGACUCAAAUUAAGUUUGACUGCAAUGAAUUUACUUUUGCAGAUGCAAAUUCAUUCCACCAAACAUCAAAGUGGAUUGAUGAUGUUCGCACUGAAAGAGGAAGUGAUGUUAUCAUUAUGCUUGUAGGCAACAAAACUGAUUUAGCAGACAAACGGCAAGUAUCUACCGAAGAAGGUGAGCGCAAAGCGAAGGAAUUGAACGUUAUGUUUAUUGAAACGUCGGCAAAAGCUGGAUACAAUGUGAAGCAGCUUUUUCGACGUAUUGCUGGAGCGCUGCCCGGCAUCGAGGCUGAUCAGAGGGAUAAGCAUGAUAUGCAAGAAGUGAAGCUAAGCGAUGCGCCUAUUCGUCAGGUUCAAAUGCAAGAAAGUGGUUGUUGGUGUUGA